UCUCACACCUAACCUCAUAUCUCCUUUUGCCUUCCCACUUCCCAAGCUAGGGUUGCAGCCGCCGCCACCCCAUCGCUCCACCGGCACGGGCCGCCGAAGGAAGGCCGGCUUCUCCCACGGAUCUUCUCCUCUUCCUCGUAGCAAGGCAUGGCCCUGCUCUUCCCCAUGACGCUGAUGACAAGGCGGACGGUGCCGCGAGCUCUCCUCCCUAGGAAGCCGCGGGAGGACGAGGUCAAGCCAGACCUGGUCGACAUGCCCCCUGCCACACCUCCCUGGAGCCCGCAUCCUGUCGCCGCUGCUGGCUGAGGUGGUUAGGUCGAGAGCAUGCCCGCCGAUGAUGUUGUGGAGUUCAGGAAUACUGGGUUGGAGAGAUCAGAGCCACUGAAGAAAGAUCUAGAAUGGUUCAUGGAACAGGGCCACACCAUUCCAGAACCAUCUGCCGCUGGUACUGCAUGUGCCUCCUACCUGGAAGAGUUGUGUGAGAAGGACCCCCAAGCAUUUAUCUGUCACUUCUAUAAUGUGUACUUUGCUCAUACUGCUGGAGGGCGAAUGAUUGGCAAAAAGGUUGUUGAGAAGAUUCUGAACAAGAAAGAGCUGGAGUUCUACAAGUGGGAAAGUACCAUGUGCCAGCUGCUGUAGAAUGUCCGCACCACACUAAACCAAGUUGCUUUUAGCUGGUCUCGGGAAGAGAAGGACCACUGCCUGGAGGAGACCUAGAAGUCGUUCGCCUAUUCAGGAGAUCUCCUACCCCAGAUAUAAGUCAUGCGUGCAUUUUCUUCAUUGGUCUACUAAAAUAAAAUGUUCUUUCUACUAGGCACACGGGCUCUGAGUAGUGGCAUAAAGCAAAAUUAGUCAUUUGCUAUUAUUAAUACACUGUAAACUUUGCAACAGAAUGUAUUAAGUAGGAAGAAAUUCAUUUGUGUACUCAUAAUGUGACGGUUUAACUAA